AUGGCCGCCCAAUUCCACACUCUCCCGCCCCUUCCCUACGCCUACGAUGCCCUCGAGCCCGUCAUCUCCAAGCAAAUCAUGGAGCUCCACCACCAGAAGCAUCACCAAACCUACAUCAACAACCUCAACGCCGCCCUCUCGGCCCACGCCUCGGCCACGCAGACCAACGACGUCCCAACACUGAUCUCGCUGCAGCAGAAGAUCCGCUUCAACGGCGGUGGCCACAUCAACCACUCUCUGUUCUGGAAGAACCUGACUCCUCCUGGCACGCCGGGCAACGACCUGGCCGGUGCGGCGCCCACUCUGCGUGAGGCUAUUGUCUCUCGGUGGGGAUCUGAGGCUGCGUUCACUGAGGCCUUUAACCAGACGCUGCUCGGUCUGCAGGGGAGCGGAUGGGGUUGGCUUGUGAGCUCGGGCGGUGCUCGCGGUCGUCUUGAGAUUGUCACUACCAAGGAUCAGGACCCUGUGACGGGGCCUGAUGUGCCCGUGUUUGGUGUGGAUAUGUGGGAGCAUGCGUACUACCUUCAGUACCUCAACAACAAAGCCGGAUACGUCCAGGGGAUCUGGAAGAUUAUCAACUGGGCCGAAGCCGAGAAGCGCUUCACUGCAGGUGUGGAGAACCCUGUGAAGCUGUAA